CUAUCGUGAAACCCGCCACCAAUCGUGGUCCGGCAGUGCCUGGCAGCCUUGCUAUCCUCUUUCCUCUUUCUGUCAUUUCAGUUCUUGUCCACAUUUGGGGCCGUUUUGGCCCAGAACCUGCAUCGAGGCCAACGUGCUUCCAGUUCUCUCCUUCCCUACCCACAUUCAUUGACCACCGCUUCACUCUUUCAGCGGGCCCUCAUUGCGAUUACCGGAUUCGGAACAUCACCAAAAUCACCUCAUCAACCAUUUCAUCCUCGCAAAAUGAAGGGUGCUUUCCUUGCUACCGCGGCCGCCGCCCUCGUCGGUACGGCUCUGGCUGACGGCGCUCACCGUCGCCAUGCCCACGAGCCCUUCCACCAGCGUCGUGCCGUGCAGGCCGGUGCUUCCUCCGCCUCCGAGGAGACCUGCGGCUGUACCACCGAGGUCGUCACCGUCUGGGGAACUCCUACCC